UGUCAUGGAGCUCAUGGUUCAAAUCACAAAGGAGACUGAAACUUUCGCUGCUCUCUCCGAGUUCAAUAAACGUGAAUUUAUCUUGGUAUAGAUGUAAAAAAAUGUCAUCCGCGGGUCGAUUGGAAAUUUUACGGGAGCAAAACAAAGAUUUGUUGAAGCAGUUGAAGCAGCAGAGAGAGAAACUGGAGCGGCUGAGCGGGUACAGGCAGAGCCGAAAGAGGGACAGAGAGGACGGGCCUGAGCAGAGCAGAGAGCCGGCAGAGAUCGUCACCCUGACCGGUGGAGACCGCGGUCCUGCCCGGGCCGCCCUCGCCAAACCUACCGUGAGAUUUUCGGACAUCCAGGGAACUACUCCAGCACCACCUGUGACCUCCAGAUACAGAAGAGGGACUACUAAACAUACAACACCAUCAGACAGACAUCCUCUCGUCCACAGCAGGCUGCAGGACACGAGGCCAGCCAGCACCAAGUCCUGUCUAGUAAAUCACAAAGAACAGGGGAAGGUGUGGAGUCGAGUCACAUGUCAGUCUGGUGAAAGCGAAGCAAUGUCUGCCUCAAACAGGCAUCAUGUGCAGCCUUUACUCGGGUACGACUGGAUAGCAGGCGUCCUGGAUGCUGAGGACUCCUUGAUAGAGCGCUCUGACGAGUACUUCAAUGACCUGCGCACGUUUCGAUCACUCAAUAGAGACGAGUGUGUCCACAGCACGCAAGCAGAAUUUUCUGAGGAGAACCACUCAGUCCUGCCGCCGCUAACAGACAGGGACGGUCCAGAGGCUAACGUGGACACUCAUCACUGUACGUUCUCUUACAGGAUUAACAGCAGACUUUUCCCCGUCCCGCUCCACUCUCAGGAGAGCUGCCCGGUGUGCAAAAAGCACAAAUCCUCCCACCCUCACACUACUGCUGAGCCAGCUCUCGUCAGGGUCAGCAUUCCUCGCUCCACCCUCCUGCCACCCUACAAGUACAAAGCUCAUCGGCGCUGCAGUUUCGACCCUUCCGAUAGUUUGGGGUUACCAUCGCACUGUCUCUCAGGCUGGUCGAACACAGGUCAGAGCACGCUGCCGCCACCCAGCAGCCUCGAUCUGCGGAGCAGUCUGAGAACGAAGAGCUCCACCGAGUCACAGGACAAAGACCUGGAGGAUCUCUCUACACACAAAGUGUCCAGUAACCAGAUCUCAGAUGUUUCUCGCUUGGCCCGUCACAACUUCCAACACUUCUCCUCCAAAAGAAAGUUAGGAAGCACAUUUUACCCUUUGCACUGACAAACAAUCAGUCUACUUUCAAGCGAUUAAAGCAGUUCCUGUAAUGCAUUUGGCACCACCCAAAAUGAUUUCCUAUUUUGGCUCACUUUAAGUCUCUGUGUGGUAUUGUUUUUGUAACUGUUUCAUUUCAAUAAUGCUUUUCUGUAAUAUUUCAU